AUGUAAUAAUAUAGCGCUUAUGCCUUGUAAUUGAAUUGAAUCUAUAUAUCAGACUAUAAGAGUUCAAGAAACUAAGUGAGUUAGAUUUAAUAUCGAUUAAGAAUGAAUUCUAAAAGGAUUCUACUUAUGUAAUAGAAGUGUUAGCAAAUGAAUUCAAAUUCAGUCAAGAUGUAUUUAUUGAAAAUCCAUUUUAUCAACAAAAUUUAUUGACAGAAAAUUCAUUUCUAUAAAUUAUCAAAAAAGAUUAAGUAGACACUUAAAUAGGUAUAUUUUGUGAAAUUAUUUUUUAAAGCCACAAUGGGGACACCUUAUGCAAUUAAAAUGAAUGAAAAGAAUUUUAAAAAUUAAGAUCAUCUUUAUAAAUAUAUAGUUAGAAACUUGGAUACUGCUUUUACAAUUUAAGAGAUAAGACAUAAUUCUUAUACAGUUAGUGUAAGUUUUUGUGAAGUUUUAAAAUCAUUUAUAAUUUCAUCUAGUGGAUAAACAAUAAUUUGUUAAGAUAAAAAUGACAUUCAAAACUAUGAAAGAGUAGGGAAAGUAGCUCAACUAUUCUUUGAAAUUUAUCAUAAAUUGAAUCAUGCCCAAUAAUUGAAUUUAGCAUAAGAUCUUAUACAUAGAAGUCUUGUUGGAUAUAGAAAUUAAUUCAAUUUUAUUGAGUGGUAUUCAAUUAUGGAACAUUAUGGAUAAUAAAGAAUAUUGCCACCUGAUAUUGUUAAGAAAUUUCUUAAUCAUUACAAUUUAGAACCUGCUAAAUCAAUAGAAUAUUAAGUCAAUCUAUAAAUGUUUCCUACAAUUUGUGAUUCAAUAUAUAAUUAAUUAAUAGAUUACUACCAUGAUUAUUUUUAAGGAAAAACAAUAUAUUUUUGGAAAGAUAAUAAUUAUUUAGGAAACUGUUUUAUUCCUUCAAAACAUUUUGAACUUUUAAAAAAAAUGAAAAAAUUAUUGAUUCAUUCUAAAUUUUAAGAAAACUAAAGGGAUUCUAAUAGUUUACUAUAAUAAUUUAAAUUAAAUGAAGUUGAAUAUGAUUUUUACUAAAAGUUCUUAAAUAUUAUGUUUAGUAUUCCAAAUAAACAAAGAAAUAGUUAAAAUUUUUAUAAUUUAUCAAAUAUGGUUUUUACUUGUAUCUAUAAAAAAUUAGAUUAUGUACCAUAAAAAUAAGAUUAAAAAGUGACUCUUGCUUAAUGUUUAUAAAAAAUACCAAAAGUAGUAGUUUUGAUUCCUGUAGGUAUUAAUGGAAUGGGUUAUGAUGAGAUGAGUUAAAUAAUUUUUAGAAUGUAUGAAGAUGUACAAAUAAUGAGUAAAUUAAAUUAGGUUAACGAUAAUAAAUAGCUUUAUUUAUAUGAUAAGGUAUGUUCACUUAAAAAUUUAAAAUUAAUAAAUGAUUAAUUAAAAUAACUUCCUUAUGAUGUAAAAACAGUAGCAUUAUAUCCAUAAUGUUCAAAUUAUUAUUUAUCAGAAAAAUAAUCUAAAUUUCCAUUUUCUUCUAAAUUUAUAAUGUUCUGUCUAUUAUCAGUAUUGGAUGAUAGAAACAAAGUUAAUGAGAUAUUUAAUUAAUUGGAUGAAUUUGAAAAUCAGAAUUUGAAUCAUUUGCCUACUGAUUUUUAAAUUAGUUGUUAAUACAUGCCAUAAACAAAGGAGACAGAUAAUGUUUAUAGUGAGAUAAUAGAAUAGGAUUUGAAAGCAGCAUUUUAAGGGAAUUCACAGACUAAUUAGUAUUUGAUAGAAAAUUUAUCUUAAUAUAAAGAUUUUGUUGGUAGAGUGCCAGAAAUGCAUAUGUGGGAUUAAUCAAGAAAGAUAGUAAAUAUAAUAGAAGAGAAAGCUAAAAUAAUAAUAUCUAAAAAGAAACAAUAAUAAUAAAUGCAAUUAUAAGUAAAUAAAAUAAUGGAUAAUUACUAUGGUUUGUAUAUUAAGAAUCCAAAUUGGGAUGAGAUAGAUAAUUUUAUUUUUGAUUGUCUUGAGAUAAUAAUAAAGAAUUAUCCAAGAGAGAGUGAUGUCAAUAGAAUGUAUCAUUAAUUAAAAGAAUAAUUAUUUAAAGAGAAGAAUAUGUAAAUAUAUUAAAGAGAGAGGCAUCCAUAUAUGUUAUCAAUAAAAUAAGAAUAAAAAUAUUGGUAAACUUAGGUGGAAGUGGCUGUGAUUGUAGUGGAUGGAAUUAUAAUGUUAUAACCAUAAAGUUUAGGUUUAAAUCUUUUAUAAGAUAUACCAAUAUAUUCUAAUAAUAUUGAGGUUAUAAAAUCAGGAGAAAUAGCAGAAAUAGUAAAAAAAGAAGUGGAGAAACUAUAGAAUAAAAGUGAGAAGGAAGAAUCUUUAAUAAAAUUAAAUCUUGAAUUAAAUCAUAGGAAUUGGAAUUUAUACGUUGUUAAAUGGAAAGCUAUAAAAAUAGAAUUGGUUGAGAGUUUGGUUAAUUGA